AUGUUUUCUGUCUUUGUGCCCCGCCAGUUUAUUGCACUUCCUUUAUUAUUUUUUACAUCAUCCCCCUAUAAGUACUUUGCAUGUUUGGAAGAUGGAUGCAAAACAGGAGCAUCCAAAGGUAUCAUUUCCAUAUGUUGAAUGGAGUCUUGUGUUGCCAGUCAAAUGUGAUGCUGUUUGAGCAUUGAUCGUCUGGAAUGGGUGUUAGUUUGUGUCUGAUACUGAGAGAUCAUUUCCUCCUGUUGAGAGAAGCUGGUCACAGGAUGCAACUGUAGAUUUGUCUCAACAGGAAUCAAACAUGGGAAAUAUAUCUCUCCAGGAUAAAGUCCUAAUCUUACUUUCUUGGGCUCUGGUGUUGAGGUGCAGCGCUGCACAGCGAGAGUACUUCCCUCAAUUGAGAAAUCUCACCUGGGAUCAGGCCAGGACACAGUGCCAGGCAUGUUUCACAGAGCUGGUGACACUGACUCCACAAAACAUCCAACUCCUCUCCCAGAAUCUCACCUCUGACUACUGGGUCGGCCUCCGCAAGAACUUCUACUGUACCAGCAACCACAGUAUGGCCUGGUCCCGCUGGGCCAAUGGGGAUCCCCUCAUCUUCCAGAACUGGUACCCUGGUUCACCUUUGUUUAAAUCUACCCAAAAAGAAUACUGCUGCAGCUGCUCCUGCAACAACCCAGCAAUGACUACCCCGGGAAAGACAAGCUUCACCACACUCUCAAACUUUACAACCUCAUAUGUGACAAACACCACUGACAUGAGCAGUUUCACCAACUUCACAAACCAAACUGCGACAGACUUUAGUAGUCUCUGGAACUCUACCACUCCAACCGCUGCAACGCCCAGGAUGCCGGUAGAAGCAGAAUGUGUGCGGUCGCCUAUGCUGUCCCCGUAUGUCUCCAAGACUGACGUAAACUACAUUGAAGACUCUUGUGUGGCCAUGCUCCGCUUUGGGGCUUGGAUUGAAAAGAACUGUUCGGAGCUCUUGCCUUUCAUAUGUUAUGAAGAUCGUUUCUUGGGCCAAGCCAUCGUGACCAACAGCACGUUUGAGAACGCCCGUUUAUCAUGGCUGCCCGGGCCUGGUAACAUCAGCCAUUACCGCAUAGAGGUGAAAGUGGACAAAAAUCUGACAGAAUUCCAGACUGGAAAUUUGUCCCAUGACCUUGUCAACCUGACAGCAGGCACCGGCUACUCGGUCCAGGUGUUCCCGGUAAAAUGUGGGAGAGACCUCCACCCGCAGAAGGUCACCUUCUUCACCAAACCCCACAAAGUGGAAAACCUCUCAGUCACCAACGUGACAGAAACCUCUGUCUUCCUGAGGUGGAACAAACCAGCUGGAAACUUACAUCACUACCUUAUUAAGGUCCAGGGUGGUGAGCAGAUCCGAAGUGACACAGAGAGCAAAGAAGUCGACAGUUUGAUACCUGGAAACCUUUACACAUUCACCGUCCAUUCAGUGGUCAGUGACAAAUGGAGUGAAGGAUACAACAUCAUAGAAUACACCAAGCCCGGGAAAGUGUUGGAGCUGAGGGUGUCUAACAAUACCCAAAAUUCAGUGCUGCUUAGCUGGAGGCCACCUGAAGGAAAAUAUACGGGUUUCUUGGUGAAUGCUGCAUAUGGCAAUAAUAUGAAUGUAGCAGGGCUGCCAUUGGUGGUGAACCAAACUGAAUGGACUGUAACAGGGCUGCCAAUUGGCACCGAGAUAACCCUCCGUGUGAUAGCACUGACCAAUGGCACUGUGAGGGGAAAAGAAGAGACCGUCGUCGACUACACUGCUCCUGGACCGGUUUCAGGCCUCGUUUUGGUGCCAACAAGUAACUCCCUCACUGCCAAGUGGAAUUCAUCUGGGGGUAAUUCUUUCACCGUCGAGCUCUACCUGAAUGACCAAAAAGUAGACAAACGCAACUCAACAUCACCCGAAUGGCGUUUUGAUGGACUAAAGACUGCAGCCAAUUACACAGUGAUCGUCAGCGCCUUUAGUGGACAUCUCACAAGCCCGUCAGUGAGAAGCUCCUGUUUCACUAAGCCCAAGCCACCUACUAAUGCCUCAGCCAUUUCCUCUAAUAAAAACCAAAUCACCUUCCAGUGGAAGCCCCCUGAAAACAUAACAACAACAGCAAACUACUCUCUGAGAAUCAGCUCCCAAUUCUGGGGCGACAACCGGUCAGCAACUACUAACAACACCAGCUACACGUUUGGUAACUUGAAGUCAGGGACCAGGUACCACUUUGAAGUACAAACAGUGGCCGAUAGAGAGCCAAGUGAGCCAGCACAGGUGUCACAUUGUACAGAUGCAGAGAAGAGGGAAAUCAGCCUGUCUAUGUUGUGCUCUUCGACUGAACCUCUCCUCUGUGAUAAAAACACCACAAGAGAGGAGGUGUUCAACCAGUUGAAUGCACGUUUCAACAAGCUGUUGGGGGACAAUGUUUUCUGGGAACUCAAGAAGCAGAAAGCAGGAGACUGAAAACAAAGGAACACAAGAGUGAUAAUGUUGCUUUGGUUUUUUUCAAUUGGUAUUGAUGAAGGUAUUUUGUGUUUUUUGGUGUUUUCUGUCUUGGGUUUACUUUUAUGCACUAUAAUGCUGCUCAGGAAAUCAAAUAUUAAGCCAUAGUGUGUAGUGAAUAGAAGAAUUAAGUAAUUAUGAUGGUGUCUUUUGUGAUUUUAAAUCUCGUUACAUGUUGACUGGUCUGACUCUCUUUUAUAUUUUUAAUUUUCAAAAUAACGCCACAAAAAAACCUACAACACUGAACUCUAUUUCCUACCUUUGCUGCUUUCCUCUUGUUUAUCGUUUAUGUAUUUUAUAUAGUUUUAUUUCCCUUGAUGUUUUUUUGUGUGUAUGGCCCAUUUCCAACAGGAAAAAAAACGUUUGAUGUUACAACUAAAUAAUGAAUUAAAACUCAUUAAACAUGUUCCAGCCGUCAAUAAAGUUUUCCAUCUGAAUACACA